AACUCACCACAAACUGAAGGUGUCAUCUUACCCGACUGUUCACGUGACAGUUAAAAUAGUUUGUUCAUUGAAGUUUUAACCUUCAAAUCAACUUGAGUUUUAUAUUUGUUUGAUAGUGGUAGGUUUGGUGCAACUUGUUUACGACUGCCGGCAGUGGUUAGAUGUGCUUGAUUUGUUCAACUAUUUAAUUUAGCCGACAGUACUUGUAAAACUCUUUCAGUAAAAUGGCAACCUUUUCACAAUCCACCUUCGACAAGGGAUCUGACAUUGUCCAAGACUUCUUGUGCUCGAAUUGUGAAGAAAAGAAACUGGAUAAUACAGCUGAUUUCUACUGUGACAUUUGUGUAAAGUUUUACUGUGGAAAAUGUAUUGGCAUGCACAGACAGUUGUUUACAAAACAUGCCCCGUUUGGAAGGGGAGAUAUGAAGAAAUGGCCAGUGACCAAAAUGGUGGAAGAUUUUCUACUGAAAUGUGAUGUCCAUAAAGAUAAAAAACUUGAAAUGGUUUGUUCUGAACACAGUGAGCUGUGCUGCACAAGUUGUGCAUUCCUUAAUCACAGACACUGCCAGAAGGCAACUAUAUCCGAUAUUAUAAAAAGUCAGUCUAAAGACCUACAACAACUGUCAGUUUUUAAUGAAACUAUUCUGAAAGAAUUAAAGAAGCUUCAAGACGACCAGGAGGCUAGCAUUAGGUCUGUGCAAAGUUCAUAUGAUGAGCAGUUACACAAGAUACAGGAAACUCGUCGAGAGAUAAAUGCAGCCUUAAACGCUAUUGAACAGAAGACACUGAAUGAAAUGAAAGAUACUCUAACCAAACUGCAAGCGUCUUCCAAAAGAGAUGUUGACAAAUGCAUCAUGCUAAGGGAUGAAUUGACACAACUUCGAGACGCCAUACAGGACAUUAGUGAUACAAGCAAUCUGGAACUAUCCUUUAUAGCCACCAGGAAAUGCGAGGACAAAAUAGAACAGUCGGAAAUUUUUCUGAAGAAGAACUCUCUUCAGGAUAAAUUGUAUGUAACAUUCCAGCCUAACAAUGAAAUUGUACAAUACUUGUCCAAACUGUCUGGUCUUGGGAGGAUAGAACACAGUACCCAGACAUUGAGGGUACAAGAGAAUCCAAACAAGGUAAUCACUGUGCAGGGGAAGUCAGUACACAAUGUGAAAUUUUCAAGUGAUUUAAAGGAAUGCAAUAUCUUAGCCAUCCUUGUUCUCCCAGACAGACAGCUCCUGAUUGCAGACAACAAUAAUAAAAAUGUCAAGCUUCUUAACCAGGAGUACCAGGGCGUAAGUCACUGGAGUUCGACUGCCGGACCAUAUGAUAUGUGCCUGAUUGCACCGAGAGAGGUGGCUGUGACUGUGAAUGAUACUCGUAAGAACAUACAUGAGGUCCAUUUCAUCACAGUCAGUUACAGGAAGCUGUUGCAAGGAAGAAAACUUCAGUUACUACAUAGAUGUAACGGUAUUGCCUUCCAUCAGGCAGACCUGUAUAUUACUUCUGAUACUGCUCUGUUCAAGUAUACAUUGAAUGGGAAACUUGUCAGCAAGAUGUAUGAGGAUACAUCAGGUGAUUAUACAGUAUACAGGUGUGCUGUGAGCCCCACAGGGGACAGGUUGUACAUCACAAACAACUCCCAACACAAGCUCCUUACCCUGGCCAAGGAUGGUUCAGUCCUGGCCACCUUCACUGACCCAGCACUACGAAGGCCAAAUGUUGUAAAUGUGACACCUGCAGGCCAGGUACUGGUCAGUGGAUGGGCGUCCUACACUAUCCUGCAGGUGGAGAGCGAUGGCAAGAGGAAGCUGGCCACUCUUGCAACAAAGGAGGAUGGAUUGAAGGAACCCAUGUCAGUCUGCUACAACAGACACACUGCGUUCUUCAUUGUGGGUCUUUGUGAUAACAGCAGUAUUCUGGUGUUCAAAGUGCAAUAGCAUAAUUCUACAUGUAUCUUGAUUGAUGAUUCAGAUUUUUUAAUUUGCCAUGUGAUUGUGUUGUUGUGUGUAAGAACAAUGUGUUAUGAUACCCGGUACUAAAACAUCAGUUGUGUUUUGCAGGUGCAUUUAUUUCGUAAACCAAUAAAAAUAGCAGUAUCCUGGUGUUCAAAGUACAAUAGGGUAAUUCUACAUGUAUCUUGACUUAUAAAUCAAAUGAUUUAAAUUGCAAUUGGAUUGCAUUGUUGUAUGCAAGACUUGCAAGUACAUUGUUUUAUAAUACCAAACAUUUUAGUGUUUUUGCAGUAGCAUUUAUUUUGUAAACAAAACAUGUCAUAAGUUCAAAGAAUGUUAAGAGUAUCUGUUAACAUUAGAACUGAUAUAUAGUGUGUAUUAUUGUUUUAUCUGUAACAAUUGUUUCUGUUUCUCAUUGACUUUAUAAGUCGACAUAAACUGCUGGUGAAAAUAUAAAAACAAUCUAAGUUCAAAAUAUAGUGU